AUGGCCCUGAGACAAGUCCUGCAGGUGGGCCUGGUGAUACUCUCAAGGAGGGAGGAGCUGCACCGGAGACCACCACUGCACACUUGCAGUCUCUGUCAACUUCAGUUCCGGUGCUGUUGGGACAAGGCAUAUCCUUACCUGUGGAUCUUCCUGCAGUACCUCUGGCAGGAGGGGGAGGAGGAGAUGGAGGAGGAGGAGGAGGAGGAGGAGGAGGAGGAUUGUCUGACAACCUCCCUAUGGAUACAGACCAUCAACUUGACAAAUCCUCGUGACCAUGUCCGUCCAGAUUCUCGCAACCAUGUCCGUCCAGAUCCUCGCAACUAUGCUCAUCAUGAUUAUAGAAAUGCCCCCUUCAGUGGUUCUCAUGGUCAUCUCCUUCCUGAUCCUCGCAGUCCUACUCAUUGGGAUGCUCCUCACCCUCUUGACCGUCGUGGUCCUCUGCCCAACCCUCAUGAACGCCUUAGUCAAGAACCCCAUGAUCUUCAUGUGCUUGGUCGUAGUACUCAUGAAUCUUCUUAUCCUCCACAGGAUUAUCACCAUCUCUGUCCUCAUGACUCAUUCUACCAUUGCACUGGCAAUGCUCACAACGACCUCCCCGAACUUCAGGAUACUCAUGGUUCUAUGCAAGACGUGUCUCCGGUAGCAGAAUCCAGCACAACUUACAACAUGGAUUGGGAGUGUAGUUGCCCACUGGGGUACUCUGACCGUGACAGAUACAGCCCAGCAGUGGAGUAUGGGUACAUGCGUGAACACAGAUUCCCUCCGCAUGAUGAUUACAAUGACCGUGGCCAUGGAUUGGUUCCCCAGCGCAGCGGAAGUUAUUAUAAUGACAACCAGGCCUAUGGAAGAGGAUAUCAAGGAGACUCAAGCUCGAACACUCAGCCAGCAGAGUAUCCUGUUGAUGCGCCUGCUUCCACUUGA